CGGCUUCCUGUGAGCGGAGCGCGCAAUGGUUUGGAGCCCGUCAGUCAAGGGCCGUCGUAAUCAUGACUUAUUUCACCACUUUAAUCACAGAUAAUUACGGGAUGUGCUGCUCACUGCUGUGCUGUGUCAGGAGAUGGAUUGGGACCAGUUUGACUUGAACCCUAAAACAAUUGCUGCCCUGAAAAAAGCUGACAUAAAAUCAGUAAAAGAGAUUUUAAACCUGUCUGGAGCAGACUUGCAGAGGCUGAUGAAGCUCUCCAGUGCAGACAUCCAGUGCCUGCUGAAAACAGUCUCUCACACACUGAGGAGGAACAGCAUGCUCACAGCACUUCAGCUCUACCAAGAUAAAGAUCAUUUCACCUCCCAGCACCAGAGGCUGAGCCUGGGCUGUUCAGUGCUGGACAAGUUGCUAAAAGGAGGCAUUCCUGUAGUGGGAAUCACGGAGCUUGCUGGGGAGAGUUCUGCUGGGAAGACUCAGAUCAGUUUACAGCUGUGCCUGUGUGUGCAGUAUCCUUACAAGUACGGUGGCUUAGAGUCUGGAGCUGUCUACAUUUGUACAGAAGAUGUGUUCCCAAGCAAACGUUUGCAGCAGCUCAUAGAUCAACAGCAUAAGCUGCGUGCAGAUGUUCCAGCUGAAAUCAUACAGAAGAUCAGAUUUGGAAACAGUAUUUUUGUUGAGCAGGCAGCAGACCUGGACACCUUCCAGCAGUGCAUCACGAGGAGGCUGUCCCUGCUGCUGGCCCGGGGCAUGGCGCGCCUCGUGGUCAUCGACUCCAUGGCCGCCCUGUUCCGCUGCGAGUUCGGCCCGGCCGAGGCGGCUCUGAAGGCUCGCUACCUGCAGACCUUUGGGGCACAGCUGCACCGCUUGAGCACGAGGUUCAGGACUCCCAUCAUGUGCAUUAAUCAGGUGACGGAUGCAGUGAGUGAGUCGGAAGCGGCUCAGUGCAGCUGCAGGGCAGUGGGUAGCAGAGUCACUCCAGCCCUUGGGAUAACCUGGUCCAACCAGCUGCUGAUGAGACUGAUGGUCAGGCGGGUGCCCGGACCCGCACCCGGAGCGGCGUCGCACUGCGCUGCCAGCACGAGGACUUUAAGUGUUGUUUUUGCUCCUCAUCUCCCUCCAUCCUUUUGCUACUAUACAGUACAGUUGGAAGGUGUAAAAGGAAUAGAGUAACAUUUUUGUAUAGUAAAGCCUCCUGCUCCAAAAAUGUACCAGGACUUUGCUUUAGGAAGAAUUACCGGUGAAAUGCAAUUCUUCCUAGAUGAGAGAAAUUGAUGGUGAAGUAUAUGAACAAUGGUAUGGCUACAUUUAGCCUGUCUGCAUUGUGCAAGAUUAUCUUUUUACACUUGGAUAUUCAGCUUCUCC